AUGGAGUCUCAAGAGCCGCCCAAGUCCUUGGCCUCGGUCAAGCACAUCAUGCUCAUUCUUUCUGGUAAAGGAGGGGUGGGCAAAUCUUCUGUCACCACUCAAAUUGCCUUAGCCUUGGCCUUAAAGGGUAAGAACGUUGGUGUUCUCGAUAUCGAUCUCACAGGACCUUCCCUUCCACGGAUGUUUGGUGUGGAAAAAAGACAGGUCCAUCAGUCCCGUUCAGGCUGGGUUCCUGUGCUGGUGAAUCCUAAAACCCAGGAAACGGGAUCUCUCUCGUUGAUGUCGCUUGGAUUCCUCCUAAAACAGAGAGGUGAUGCUGUGGUAUGGAGAGGACCCAAGAAAACAGCCAUGAUCCGCCAGUUUUUGAAAGACGUGGUGUGGCCAGACUUGGACUACCUCCUUAUAGAUACGCCACCAGGCACUUCAGACGAGCAUAUUGCCAUUGCAGAGGAGCUACGGUGGGCUCUGCCGGUCGAUGGAGCUGUGAUUGUUACUACACCGCAGCAGGUGGCCACGGCAGACGUGAGAAAGGAGAUCAAUUUUUGUAAAAAAGUGAACUUUGCCAUUAUUGGCAUUGUCGAGAAUAUGAGCGGUUUUAUCUGCCCCUACUGUGCCGAGUGCACCAACAUAUUUCUGAGUGGAGGAGGCCAGCAGCUCUGUGAGUCGCUACAGCUAGAUUUCUUGGGCUCUGUGCCCAUAGACCCUACCUUUGUUGAAAUGAUAGAAAACCAGGACACUACGGAAGCCGAGCGCUCCGACAAGAAGCUCUUGCAGUUGUACAAGUCUGCCAACUUGUUCCCCGUUAUGGAUGGAAUCGUUGACAAGAUCUUGGACAAGAACUUGCCUGCAAGAGUGUAA